UUGAUAUAAUAGAGUAGCCAUCACUAGACAGCAACGGCAUGUCACCUUCGACCAUCGUCAGUAGGACCGCGUUGCGCCGAUAGUAACGAGCUACCGCGAAUAACGGGCGGCCGUCAACUACAGACCACCUCCGUGGCCUGAAUAUGCGCUAACCGCAAUAAUGACAACGGCAACAGUCGUACUACUAGUAGUAGUUGUAUUAAUCAUAGUAGUGAGGGGCUCUCUGUCUGUUGACUAAGACCAAAUUGUGGCGGUAAUGAUUUCUGCGGCAGACUGUUAGGCAGAGGCCCCUAGGAGCGCGGCUACCGAGCGUUUCCAUGGUUGCCCGUUGUUACCAGCGUUGUCGUAGCCGUGUCGCUUGUGCCGCUGCUGGCGGCAUCCUCCGUCGUUCUCUCUAAAAAUGUAUCUAAUUUUUGGUGUUACUACAGGACAGACGUAGGCAACACCAGCGCUAGUGGUCGAUCGAAAAGGCAAUGAAGGAAAGCCUACACUGAAAAUUAUAGGCCGUACAGAUCUAUUCAAGCUGAGCGAUGGACGAAGUGCUGCAGUCGCACCGAGAAGUGGUGCUGCUGCCCUCGGUAUCGUCGCUGGUGCUGCCACCGCGGUGCUAUGAGUAGUACUUGUCGUUCUCACUGACUUUCCUUUGUAGCUUGACUUUGCUUCGGUCAGUUGUCCGCCUGACAACGUAAGUCAGCACCCAUCUGCCCUGGCGUUUACUGCUGCCCGACAGGCGUCGGACAUUUGUCGAAACUGACCGCACUAGCCAAUGAGACAAACACGGUCACAGCAAUAACAGCGGUAACAAACGCGUCGUGAGCUGGUUCGCGUGGAGGUCGUCCGCCGCCGCCGACGCUAUCGCCUCCGCUGCUACAGGAGCAGCUACAGUCGAUCUUCAUGAUACAUUAUAACUACAAUUGCUAGUGCUGCUGCUACUGUCACCUUUAAUAUCGACUCUGUAGCUGUAGUACAAAACGACACAGACGACAGGACGACGGAAGACGACUGUACCGCUGUCGCGCGAUCAUCGGGUUCGAACGUCGCCAGUCAAACGAGACACUAGUAGGUGAAGCAACAGCAGAAGGAAGUCGCAAAGAAACGUUCCCCGCACGUUGUGAUUGUGCCAGCUGUUAUUAUCGUUGCCGAUAUACAUCUACUGAGUAGUGAUACAGGGAACGUGUGAAUAUGUGUGGCUUGUCCGUGUGUUUCUCUCUGUGGAAGCAGUGCUGAGCUAAGUUCGAGCAACAAGCACGCGCGGCGACUAGCAUCACCGGACUACUGAUCAACCAAUUUCAAGGUACUCCCGUUACAGCUGCUGCUGCCGCGCUUGGGAGAGUAAAAAAGGGACCAGCAGCCCCUGGUGCGUUCCUUUGCCGGGUGAAGUUUGACGUGUGCUCCAUGUGCGUUUGUUUGUGUGUUUCUGCGUCUGUCUGUUACUUUUUAUUUUCUGUGCAUAAGAAUUUCGUGCUGAUCCACUCGCGUAAUAUUGCCAUAGAAUACAAUCGUCUAUGUAGGUCGUUCUUUCGCAAAGUAAGCAUACACACCCCACAGAGGAAAACAGGCCCGCGCUUGGUGUUCGAUCUAAUUCAUAUUCGUACUAUUCGCUCAAAGGCUUUGUUCUCUGCGUGUACAAUCAAGGUCCUUUCUUGCUAUUGCCAGUUCACCGCGCCGCCGCCGCUAAUUAUGCUCCGGUAAGAACAAUUUCCUGUUGCGAGUACAAACGGUCGGUCAGCUACUGGGGUUUAUACGUAGCGGGGGUGUAUGUAUGGCCUCGGGUGGUCAUUGAGGUGAUCAUCCCUCUUUUGAGUGAGUGAGUGAGGAUAAGAUAAGCAGAGUAAAGUCUGUGAGGUAAUCUGCUUCUCGUUGUGCGCGACUCAGCUUAUUGGGAUUAAAACAUUGACACAAACGGUACACAAGACUACUUUUCGUCCUUCCUUUUCACAGUGUUUCAGUGGAUCAUAUUUACUGUGUGUGUGUGUAUGUUCGUGACUAAGCCUGUAUCACUGUUGAUGUUGUUACAUUAGAACGUUUGAUUCCGAAGUCAGAAGCAACAGUUGUCAACAGCUAGGCGAAACAUGGGCGGCAAGAAGGCUCGCAGGAUGCGCUGGAGACCGGUCGAUCUCGCUGACGUCUUUGAUGUCAUCUCCACGGCCGCUUCAGAGGACGGGGCACUUCGCGAGGAUGACGAUGAAGAGCGUCGUCAUUCGAGGUCGACCACAUGUAGAAAAUCGCGUCCGUUAUUCCACGAGAGCAGCGGCAACAACAACAAAAAUAGCAGCAGCUCUAAUACAAAUGGCGGUUACAGUAAUACCUAUACGAAUUCUUCGGUGCCGCACUACUACAACUCCAAUAACGGUAAUCGGUCCGGAAAUAAUUAUCAGAAAUUUCUUACGACGGAUUACGGAAAUAGGAGAUGCGGGGGUGACGAUGCCAACGGUCGAGCUGUUUGUGCUGAUGUGAGCAACGAACCAAACGAUGCUCCAAAUGCAGCUGGCAAAAGAGCGUCAGUAAAUGUGGCGUUUACCUGUCACGGCGAACGCAGGCAGAACCGACAAAAUGGCGGCACCUCCAGUUACGAGAAUAGCAUUGGCAACUACAUGAACAGUGUUAACAACAACAGCAACAAUAGUGGUCGAACCAAUGAAGACUGUAGCGGAGAGCGCAGUGGCAGCAGCUGUAACAACAACCGCACUAGUUACAGCAGUGGUGAUAGGACAUACCAUCAGUAUCGGGACCGCUUCCAUUACUACAACGUUACCAGUGACCGGCCGCAGACGUAUAACAAAAACAAUCGAGGGAAAACCAGUUUCGGUUAUUGUUCGACUGGCUAUCACCAUCAGCAGUCGCAGCAUCAGAGCGAAUUCAAUGGAAACUAUUCCGACCAAACGAAUAGCUAUUACGGAAAUGACCGCUGCUGUCGUCGAUCACCUGGCGACUUCGGCGUGAACGAGAGAGCGGAGAGCGAAAACUACGAAUUUCGAGAAGAUCGCGAAGACGGAGCUGACGACAACAGCGGCGACCGGAAGCACGUGAAUAAUGACGUGACCGAUGGCUUUGUCAAGGACCAACAGUCGUCUGGUGCCGCUUCCGCCGCUGCUGCUGCUGCUGCUGCUGCUGCUGCCGCCGCUGGUGCCUCCAACAGUGGACCUUCUGCAAAUAGUGACAGUAGGAGCCACACAAGUACGACUAGUACAGUUACGAACGGCGAGCGAGACGAAACGAGUAAAGGCCAACAGCUGAAUUGUUACUUACACGAUCACAACAGCAGCGGCAGGCAUCACGAUAAUAGAUAUUACCACUCCAACUACGGGAUAAACAGCUGUCAUAGAAGAAACUAUGGCGGAUUGACGUCAUCGUACAGGAGUGCAGGUGGCGCCACUCAUGAUAGCUACCGAGAUCAUCAUCACCAGCAGCAACGACAGCAUAUUUCGUUUGCCGACGACAAAAACGGCGACGGGAACCGCAGCGCUUAUCAACAACAUCAUCAUCAUCCUCAACAAUAUUAUCACCAUUUGUAUUACCAACAAGCGUACGAUGAGGCGUCACUGACACGCAACAACAAGAAUAGUAAUCACAACGGCACGUACUUUGAUCCUGAAGUCUGCUCGGACAGAUAUAAUAAGGAGAACAACUCGACAAACAUGUCAGAGACGUCUACGAGGACCGCAAACGCUGAAACGCUCGUCGGCCCGCCAACUGGUAUCUACAUCAAUGGUCUAUGGAUUCCGUCUGGUGAAAUCGAGCGAAUGGUUGUCAACGGAGAGCUACCCCCACCACCGUUCGGACCUUCAAUACCGCCCUCGAUCGUAUCAGGCUUCUCUCAAAGAAACGUACUCUACUUUUACACAUAUAUGAAAAAAGAAAAAUCAACAUCUCGUCUUAUUAACAAUAUCGGCGCGACGCUAGGGAACAACGCCUUGAAACGCAUCAGCAAAGUUGAACAAGCUAGCGAUGGCGAUAGCCGUGGCGCGGAGGACCCGGAAAAUGACGGGCGUCAAACCCAGCCGAGCCCAGAUACGGUCGCCAUCGCCGACACAAAUGAGGAGUACGUGCCAGUAAUUUACGCAUCUUGGCAACUACCACCUCGUCGAGUGCCCGUAAAGAAUCGCCGCAUACGUCGAAGAAGAUACCUUGAUGACAACUAUGUCGACCUCGAAAGUGACAAUUGCGAUAUUAUAACUAAGGUGACUCCGAAAAACUACCGUUUCAUCUCGAGCUUGGAUCAAAGCAGCGAUCAGGACGAACAAGUUACCAACCGUGGCCAAUUCUGCUUCAGCUCUCAGCGAAACGUCGACGGAGAGUUUAGAGGUAAACGGACUUCUCAUCGAAGUGAUGCCAGGAACAACUGCUAUACAACAGAAUGGAGUAGCAGCAGCUCGAGCUUCGUGACUUCACCGGCGUCAGAUUUCGUUAAAGGAUCAUCUGAUCUAGAUCGUGAAACCAAUCCUGCAACAGCAAUUGCCACUGUUGCCCUAGUCAGCCUGAACAGAGUUCAGAGCGAAGAACAAGAUAAAGGACACGCGGUGGAAGCGGUUUCUGAAAUAGAAUCCGUGUCUGAGAAAGCCAAAGCCGAACAGAUUAAGCCCUUGCAGGAGGACCAAGGGUACGAAGUGCAACUGCCACACAGUGGCGCGGAUAUUAUUCCCCAUAAGCAAACCGAGCACACAAUAUUAACUACAGAGUCUGUACGCGUUCUGGCACCAGCCGAGAAAGCAAACAUUGGCGACCUCAAUGACUUUGACGCUAUAGAGGUCACUAUUCCUAAAAGGGAACGCGAGAUGUUCGAACAAUUCGCGCAACAUACUAUUGAAGAUGCGCUGCGAGAAGCCAUCGAGCAGGUCGACGAAGAGAAAAUUAAGGAGCGUUCGAAUCAACCAGGAUGUUCGGGCAUAGCCUCAAUAGAACUGUGUACGGAAGAGGUUACACGUCAGAUCAUGGGGGACGUCAAAGCAGAUUCUGGGCGGCGCCGACCUCCGCCAAUCGUCAUCGAAGAUUCGAUCAAUGCCAAUCCUAUCAAUGCGACUCCUACUGCUCAGAAGGAGUUCAUCCGGCGAUACGCUGAACUAAUGGCCACCGAGAUUAUUCGAACCGUCCUACAGCCAUCUAAAAUAGGCGUAACACCAUCAAAACGAGCAAAAUCCGAUACCCAAAUCGGAACGGAGAAGGAGACAAGCGGUGGCCAGUUGGCCAUAAUGUGUGACGCACUUCGACAGGGAGUCAAGGACGGUGGUGAUUUUUUAGGAGAAGGUGCCGCGUCUCCAAGCCGUGGGGAGGCGUCUCCGACGGCACUGCUAGGAACAACCACGGCGGUCGCCAUAUCCAUACUGACCAGUUCCAAUCACCCCCCAUGUGCUGCAUCAGCAGUACAACAGUAUCGACUACGGUCAUCACCACAGCCGGCAGCGCAAUUAAUAAACAAUCAACGAGAGAAUAUAAACAACAGCAACAAUUUUCCAGCGAUGGAGCCCGAGCAGAAACAGGACCGGGAGAAAAUCCACCCGGAAUUCUGGGAUCUAGCAAACUGCAAGAAAGUGGUAGACCAUCCUCCGUACCUUCAAGCUCCCCCUGGUCCCCAAUGCAAAUCCUCUGGCGAAUCCGAUCGCUAUCGAUUGAACUCUCCAGAUACAGUUUUGAGGGCCAAUCAAUGCGCCGACAACAACAGCAAUGAAGCCAUUCUCCUGCACAAAAGCAACAACCUGAACAACAAUAGUGGACAUGAUAAUGUGAAUUGUACCCAGCAGCUCAACAUCAACAACAACAACGAUGAUGAUGAUGAUGACGAUAUUUGUACCAGCUUUAAGAUUGAAGCGCGUCAUGUUAAGGAUGUUCUACUUGUGCUUGAAAACGAUAAUACUGCCCGGAACCGAGUCGGGGCGGUAACUUACGAUACGCACAGCAAAGGCCCAUCUGAUUCGACUACCAUCGAACGGAAAAUUGACGCUGGUAGCUGUGACAACCCUGAGCGGACUUCAUUGCUUCGUGAAUCGUCGAUUACUUCGUACGGCAGUGGCGGAACCAACGGCAACGGGGCGAAUUCAAGCUCACUGCCCUCAGACUCGGGGGUUCAGUCCGAGGUUGACGACGAUGAGCACGUCGUGUUCGCCGUAGCGCCUACUACGGUGACUCUGGCUGCUCGGGCAGCUAGCGGAGAGAUGGUUACGCGUAAUGGGGUGAAGCUACAAGGUAAAUUGGAGCCAACAUCUAACGCAUCGACGCUUCCAGCUAAACCAUUAUUGCAAACUCUGGCAAGCAAAGUACCCCUGCUCAGGGAAGCGCGUAACACUGGUUUUCCCUUUGGAUUUUGUUGCUGUGUUAUGUAAAGGUCGUACUUUAUAUAGCCGAUUCUCAUUUACAACUAACGCCAGACACAGAUCGCUAUAAAUCCAUCCAUCCGCGUCCAUCGACCUUGCCACCUUGAUAACUAUUUCAUCUACACCGCCAUCGGCUGGUAUAAUCCGCGUGUGCUUCCCAGUAGACUGGACGCCAUGAAGUUUUGUACCUCAAGCAAUACAUAGCAAAUCUAUUAACUGGUAACCGAGGCCAGUAGCGAAACGAAAUAUUAACACUAACCAAAAAAAAGUUUCUAGCUCAAGCUUCGAUGCUGAAAGCAUCCGUCAAUAUCAAACCGCUAAUAAUCUCUAAAAUCGAUUCCAACACAAUUACAUAGGCUAUUGUAGCCUAAAAAGGUUAUCUCAAAAGUGCCACCCACAGAGUUAAUAUAGUACAGUAUGGUAAGCUCACCUUCACUUUAUCUCACACGCAUAUUCUUUACUCAUUCUGUGUGAUUCAGCCCGACCUGAUACUGAAUGUGCAAAGAUAAGAUCACCAUUGGGCACAUCGUUUACGUAUGGCUUGGAAGUGUCAACGUUAGCUAGAAGUAGGAACGAACGAUAAACAUCAUCGAUUUUGAAUUUAAUUAUCUUCAGUUACUGUUUCUGCAAGAACGUUUUUUUAACUAUCUGGGUAUUCAGUAGUGUUUUCGGUGGCACGAAACUAAGGUGUUUCUGAUGAAUGCAGGACAUACUCAGGAGUUCCGCUAACUAUCCUAGCUAGAACGCUCGUCACCUGAAAGGAUUCACAAUUUGCUAACAUUUAUUGUGCACUGAGAAUAAUUUACUCCUUCGGUCCGAAAUAGAUGCAACAGCGCACCUCGCGCAGAUCGGUACCAUCGUUUCGACAACUAGAAUGUUUCCAAGAUAAGCGAGAGAUGAUGAGGAUCACGUGCACGUGUGUGGAGGACAGCGUGUGGUUAUUGUCAUACUUUUUCUACAGCUCCAAUGAGUGGAGUAGAAACGAACACAAUUUUACCAGCAAAAGAUCCCGUUUAAUCCCCUAAGUUCAUUUACCGAAACCUGUUCCACUGGCUAUACCGCAUAGCUAUCGUAUAGAUCGUGGCUGACCUCAAAAGCUAAAAAAAAAGUCACAAGUUGACUCCAGAUGCAAACAUACACAUACGGGCCAGUGUUCCUAAGGUCGGCGGCAAGAAUAGUAUGCUAUAUAUUAAAUAUAUAUACGAUAAUAAUGAUACGAAAGCGACAUCUGGCACCACACGUAGAGGCUGUAGAAUAGAAUUUGUUUCCGUACAAACUGGAUUCUCUCAGUUGCCUUUGGCCGAUAUCAGCCCUUAUUAAUAUCACGCGUACAACAAGUUCAUGUUAUAUGAUAUAUAGCUAUUAUAUUGACAAAAAACGGAUGAAUUGAAAAGAGCUCUCUAUAAUAUGACAUAAAUGGCUGACAGCAACCACGGCUAUAUAGAAAACUAGCAACAACAAGCUAAUAUAAUGAUAUAUUAUUAUAUAAUAUAUGCAGGGUGCCAUAAUAUCGAUGACCGAAUGAGCUAGAGUAAUGAAGCAUGUGAGUCAAAAUAUAGAAACGGACAGGCAGAAAUGACGAUUGUUCUGAAGAUAAUAAAUAAUAGUGAUAAAAGAAGCACUUUUGUUGUGUAGGUAUGACAGCCCAUCUUGCCUGUCCGUCUGUAACACCCAGUUUGCUGAAAGACAUAAAUGGAAGUUCGUGAAAAACAUACAGUGUUGAUUAGUUAUAGGCCUAUUGUUACAAAAAACGGCGCGCAUAUCAUAUGUGAACAUGGAUAUAAUACGUAAUUAGCCAUUAUAAACCACAACAACAAACAUUACUCAGAUGGAAGAAGCCAACCUCGUACCCGUCGAAUAGUCAAAUAUUGCUAUUCGCUAACAAUGGCAGUAUCACCAGCAGUUUUAAGGGCGUUGAAACAGCAGAGGCUGUUUUCAGGUGCCCUCAGGAAAUACAGGCAACAUCAUGCGAAUGAGAUUGUUUCUGUUCGGCAUCGCUUAAAAGCACUGAGUGAUUGAUCAUUGAAGAACUGACGGAUGAGUGAGCACAGCAUGGCGAGGCAGAGUGCCCUGCGGCUGGCUAGUGUUGUCCUCAAAAUGGGAAUGAUCGUGUCUGUCUGGUUCAGCAGUUGAGCACGAAAAACGUAAAUAUAAAAGAGAAGCUUAUAGGAGAUAGCACGACAAUUCUGGCUAUUCUAUAAAACAACUAAACUUUGACUGUGCCACAAAAUGUCACGGAUGAACUAUUGACGCCCCGGUCGACUGAAAAGACGGCGUAACGGCAACAUCUUGCGAAAUGUUUCCCUGCGUGGACGACACUGGUAACUAAUCGAAACAGGAUAUAAAGCAGAUAAGUCAAAGAAUAGGUGCGUCGUCGUCGUUGUUGUUGUUGUGUAGCUGUGUAGAAUGACCCAGUAAAAAAAAAAAAGUAUCGUAUUCGAUAAUACACUAAGUAUCUAAAAUGUUCCUCAGCCACUCGUUUUUGAGAAUUGCGUAUUGUCCACAUCGUACCUGUUAUCAUCGUCUUUUGAGCGAAGCCGUUCCCGGAGAUCGCUCCUGGUAGUAUCCUGUAGGGCAAACGAAGUAGUAGGUUGACGGUGCAAAAAAAAGUGCAGUACUGCUAAGUUCCCCAUUUCCCCGCACUUCAUUGAUUCAAAUAUUGGUUAGACAAAUGACACGUACAUGGAAGACCGAUGAGAUUGUAAACAAACUUUUCACGUUUUUAUUGACGUAUUAGCGCUAACUGUGCUAUUGUAACAGCAAAAGGAGCGCCUGACCUUUCCGGAAAUUAUUGGUCAGAAAAUCAGAAUCAGAAAAUGGACGGAACUUACAGAAGAAUUUUAAUCGGUUUGCGAUAAUUCAUAUUACCACGCAAUUAACGAUGAAGAACUGAAUUAACAAAGUAAAACGGCAGUAGGAAACGGCAGCAUAUUUAGUUAUAGGUUUUAUUGUAUAUCAGAGCCGUGGCUAUGGAAUCUUCAAUAUCAGAUCGCUUUUGCCAUAGGUGCCAUUGUCACAACAUUGCAAAGGCGUACAGACAUCGUCGUGACUCAAACUUGAGACAUCAGUUACCAUCGUCAUCAAUAGUACAAUCAAUAGCGGAUACAAACAGGUAAGUAUUCGAUUAAGAAAGUUGCGCAGGAGAGCAGAAGGGUAAAUAUUUAAAAGCAAGUAUAUAUAUAUAUAUAUAUAUAUAUAUAUAUAUAUAUAUAUAAGCAAGAGAUACAGUCGUGCCCAAGAAUGCUGUCGAAGAGAGAAAUCGAUGAAAUAAAAUGGCAUGUUAAGCUCA